AUGAGGUUGGGAUGGGUCAUGAGACAUGGUUCUUAUUGUACGGACGAGGCCAAGCCGUGGCGGAAAGAGACGUUCACCCAAGUUGAUUUCCCAUCCUUGCCUAUCAGUUGUCAUGCAGCCAGCCAUCCUUUCGCAUCACUCUCCCGAGAAGACACUACUGAUGCCGAAGACGACAAGAGGCAAACGAAGGAACCGAGAAGGAGACCGAGAAGCCGCACAGAGAUCCCCUUUUUUGCCCUGACAUGCCACCUCGACACGAAGCUGUUUGCUUUGAUUGUCCCCCGUUUGUAUGCUGUGACCUUGUGUCAUGCGGUACACUAUGAGGAUCCGAUCUUCCUCGCUUUUCCCCCCUCGUCGUCUACUCUUGUCGGAUGCACAGGUUCCGACCCGGGUGGUCGUCCGGACGGCUGUCUCUGGUCCGAUUAUGAGGCACACUACGAAAAGAUACGAUAUGCGGCAUAUCAAAUUUUGUUUGUGGGGGGUGCCAAGACCUUGGAAACGACCCCUUCUGAACUGGCCAACGUUCCUCUGAUCUCGGUCUUGGAAUGUACCUACUUCAAACGGUCCUGUCUCUACGAUGCGGCAUCCCAAUGGGGUACACCUGGGGCCCAAGCAAUUCAAGAGGAGGGCACGACGAUCUACAUUGAGAAUUUCCACAGGACAGGACACCCAGGAGAUCAACCUACCGUCAUUUACGGCUCUAUUCCUCUCCGCCUGAUCAUCUUCACGCAUUUCCCCUUCUCGGACGAGGAUCCGCUGGACACAGGAGGUUUCCUCACAACGCUCACUUGUAUCAUGAGUUUAGCCCUCGAGAUUGGAAGGGUAUUGCGCAAUUUGGAGCCUCAACCACCCAUACCACCACCAAUACGGUCACUUCUCCCAUUCGAAACAUCAAGCUUUUCCGAUGCAAUGGCGUCUAGGAAUAAGCUGCCGGCGCCGCUGGAUCUCAGCAGGUCCAAGACGACAACGUCCUCGCCGCGUAUGAAUCUGCGCCGAGCUGCUUCAUACAACAAUGAUAAACAGCUCUACUGUAAUGCGCCGCUCUCUGCGACAUCAUCUCGCUUCAGCUUUAAUCACCUCCUCUUCGCCUCUCCGCCGCCCUCCCCGAGCUUGCCCGCCCUUGUCCCCCGUCCCCGAAAGUCGCCCAACCGUCCCCGACCCAGCCGAGUCCUCCGCGUCGUCUUCUGGCUUGCUUUCGUCCUCCUGAUAUUCUACUUUGCAACAAUCUCCGUCCGAGGCAACGUCCCUGUGGACAUCCCCUACAUAUCCCGGAAACAGGAAGAAUUCGAGAUGGUCGGACAGGACGAACUGCCCGACUUUGCCACUCCCAUUGUGGUCACUGGCAAGAGUGGGAGGUCGAAGUGGACCGUGUCUAUCCCUGCCCACUUGGACUUCCCUCUGUCGACCCGUGACUACGGCGAGAUGUGCAGCAAGUGUCGAGAGGUUGCUUCCCGCGUCAGGGAUAUGAGGAACAGGAGUCCUCCUCCUCCUCCUGAACAGGCUACCAUAAGCCGUGGGGGCCCUGUGGAUAGAUACUUUCUUGACGUCCAGGACGCGGAGAAGGUUGGCCUCUUGCCGGGGACGGUUGUGAGGCAAGGUUUGCAAGGCAACAUCAUUGGGGUGCAUCAAAACUCCGUCGGCCAACAGCCGAUCUGCGAAAGCAGCAUAACCUUCGUGUUAGAGACGGCGGAUCCCGGCAUCGGCCACACGAUCAUGGAGCUCUGGAUUUUCUAUGGGUUGGCCAUGAAACAGGGUCGCGCUUUCUUCAUCGACGACACGAGAUGGGCGUACGGGAAAUACACAGAUAUCUUCCGGCCGCCCCCGUUGCCCAACUGCCGCCCACCGCCGCGCCAUCAGAUGCUGCCGUGUCCUGCGCAGGCCCGGCACUUGGUCGUCUCCCCAGCGACAGCACGCGAGCUAUGGACUGACGCGCUGAACAAGCCCCAUCUGGACCUUCAGUCCAGCAAGAGCGACUCGGCAGUGCGGGAGCUGUUCGACCUCGCGCAUAAGGGCUAUCAGGGGCUAUUUGACCUGAACGAGGACGAUGCCAAGCAUGUGAUGGACCGGGCCAACACGCUUAAGACCAAAGCUGCUUCCGAGACGAACAGCGGCAAGGUCGUUGGCAUGCAUGUCCGACACGGUGACCGCCAUCCCCUCGAGUAUCAGUAUCGUAGCACGUAUAUACCGAUGAGCGUGUUUACGGAACGAGCGAACGAGCUGGUAGGCAGUGGCCAGGGGGUGGAAGACGAAAAGUCCGCCGUGGUAGUGGUGGCCUCUGACGACCCGCUCGUGUACGAGGCGGGGGAGCUGUCGGGGAGCCAUCGCGCGCAGGAGCAGAUUCGCCUGGCGAGCAAGCCGCCCCCUGCCAAGCCGGCCAAGAAGGCCAGCUCGCGGGCGAUGCACCGCUUCGAGGACGAGGCCUUCGGGUGGGAAGGGGGGUUCUUCGGGUCCAUGUUCUGGGGCCUGGGCGCCUCGAGCAUGAGCUCGUCCAACGCGGCGACGACGGAGAACAUGAAGCUCCCGCCGUCGGAAGAGUCGCUGCGGCUCAGGAGCUACAUCGGGAGGGCAUAUGUGAUGGACCUGGCGGUGUUGGCUCGGUCUGGUGACUACGUGAUUUGCACGGUCAGCGCCAUGGGCUGCCGUCUGUUGGCUGUCAUGAUGGGCUGGGAGAGUGCGAUGAAGGAAGGCCGCUGGGUCAAUGUUGAUGGAGACUACGGUUGGACGGCCCUGGCCUGGUGA